UGUAUAUAAAAGGAAGAACUCGUCCGAUGAAGAGAACCAGUAGCCAACCGCAUCCUACUACACACACACACACACUGACCAUCAGUGCAGAUUGUUCUAUUCACUCAAAUCCCACAUUACCAAACUUAAACAAAAUGAACGUGUUCAUUCUCGGAGUCUUCUGUGGUCUGUUGGUCGCCUGCACCGCAGCUCCCGCUAAAUUAGACGAAGUCAAGCCCAUCGCCAUCGUCCGAUCGGCCAGUGAGAACAACGCUGAUGGCAGCUACGCUUACAGUUUCGAGGGCGAAGAUGGCACCAAGAUGGAAGCAAGUGGCAACCAGAAGCAAGUCGGACCUAAACCAGAGGAUGUCGGAACCGUAUCACGCGGAUCUUACUCGUUCACUUCUCCCGAUGGUGUCGUCCUCACUGUCAACUGGACAGCCGAUGAGAACGGUUUCCAGGCCACCGGUGAUCAUUUGCCAACUCCUCCCCCGAUGCCCGAGCACGUCGUGAAGAUGUUGGCCGAUCUGAAGGCUGCCGGUCUUCUGUAAACAAAUUCGUACGACCAACCUGACCUGGAUAUAACCCGAACGAAAGAGCGACAUUUGAACGAUUGCGAUGGUACAACAAAAACAACCAAACGAUGUAAAUAUCAACCGAUCUGGUGGCACACGCAACGCACACGAGCACAUAGACUUCCUUCUUUCCUUUCGGUUUGCUUUUCCCUCUUUACGGCGUCGUGAAAACGGAUCGGUCCUUUCGAACAUGUUACCUUUUCAUUAGAACAUGCUGAACAUUUGGAGACAAUCACAUCCGAUUCCGCAAACAAACGUCGAGGAAAAUAUGUUAGCCAUUUAUUUGUUUACUCGUCCAUCCCUUUUAUUUUUUGUUCUCCCAGAUUUCUUUCUCUAUUUUGUGAAAAGACAACAAUACAAACGACAGUUUUCUCUAAGAA